GUUUUUCCAACAUAUAUAGCUUACCACGCGGCUUGGACCAUUCCGUUCAUUUGUCGUUAGUUCUUAACCAUGUCACAAACUGUGCCAACAAUUAUCACGACUGAGGUUAACGACGACAACAAUCCCGGUCCCUCACAGAUAGCUUCCCCUCAUUCUACCACUCCUUCGUUCGACGAGUCUCCCACUGACCACGAUAAGGAUAAGCAGGUCCUUCUCGGUCCAGCAUCCCCAAUAUCUGGUGGUCCACUUCUCCGAGUCCCCUCGGUUGGUUCACAUGCUUCCUCUUCGUUAUCCUCAGCUGGGCCUCACUCGCCAUCCCCUACAAUCUCCCAACUGUCCUCCCCAUUCGAGCAGCGUUCCACCACUCACCUUCGCUACAAUCAUCCGGAUAUCAAUUCUGGGGAAGGCUCCCUUGGACUUCUACCUUCUGGAAAGGGACUGCAUGAACGGAAACUUAGCUGGGCUACAAAUGAGAUCAGCGUAGAGGACGGUACUGAGCCAGAUCAUGCUGCUAUUGGGUCGCCAACCCUUGUUGGCGAAAUUACAGUUGAGGAGGAAGCGCGUGCGCCUUCUCCGGCUUCUUCUUCCCGGCGAGGAAAGCGCUCUCAAAAGAAAAAGGAGAAAGAAGACGCGCAGAGAAAAAGGGAUGAAAAACAGAAGGGAAUUGAGGGUGAUAAUAAUACCCGACUGGCUAUUCGUGACGAUGAUGAAGCAUUCGAUCCUGCUCCGUUUGGAUUCAAGCCGAAAGAUUUGGCUGUCGCGCUUGACCGGAAGAAUCAUGGGCAGCUUGAGGCUUGGGGUGGGAUACAAGGUUUGCUCGCUGGUCUGGGAACGAACAGUGAACGCGGCUUGAGCUCAGAUGAUGUUCCACAAAGUAUCGUUGUGCAUGGCGAGAAAGACUCUGUCGAACUCCAAUCAAUACCACCCCUUUCGCUUGGAGAGCGCUCGGCGGUUUCGGUGGAUCGUAGGAGAUUCGAAUCGGGAAGUCAGCCGCCAGGUGUUGAAGGCGGUGAUGAAAGGAAAAAAGAGGCGCAGUACAAUCCCGAGGCUUAUACGGCGUCGCUGGGUGACCGGCGAAGGAUAUAUGGAUCGAACGUCAUCCCGGAGCGGAAAAGCAAAAAUUUGUUGCAACUCAUGUGGCAUGCCCUCAAGGAUCGCGUUUUGGUCAUCCUGUGCUUUGCUGCGGUCGUUUCACUUUCACUCGGAUUGUACCAGGACUUUGGGGCCACUCGCGAACUUGGGAUUUGCCCCGACGGGUCGAAGAAUUGCCCUGAACCACAGGUCGACUGGGUUGAGGGGGUCGCGAUCCUGGCAGCGGUGGCGAUCGUCGUUAUCGUGGGAAGCGUCAAUGACUGGCAGAAAGAAUCACAGUUUAGGGCUCUCAACGCGAAGAAAGAUGACCGGCCUGUUAAAGUCCUGCGAGACGGCAUGGAGAAGGUUAUCAAUGUCAAGGACGUUGUUGUUGGGGACGUGUGCUUGAUGGAGCCUGGUGAAAUUAUUCCGGUGGACGGAGUUUUCCUUUCUGGCCAUAAUGUCCGGUGCGAUGAGUCUAGCGCCACAGGGGAGUCGGAUGCGAUCAAGAAGGCGACCUAUGACGAUUGCAUCGCUGCGCAUAGAGCCUAUGCGGAAGCCAAGGAGCGCGGGGAACAACCCAAUAGGGUCAAAAAGGAUCCCUUUGUGAUCAGCGGUAGUAAGGUUCUUGAAGGCGUUGGUUCAUACGUCGUCAUAGCUGUAGGAGAGCGCAGUAUGAAUGGCCGAAUCCUCAUGGGUCUCCGAGGCGACAACCCAAACACGCCACUUCAGCUUAAACUCAACGUUCUUGCGGAACUGAUUGCCAAGAUUGGUAGCUUGGCUGGUUUGAUUUUGUUCACCGCCUUGAUGAUCAAAUUCUUUGUUCAACUUCGCACCAAACGGAGCCGAACACCAAACGAAAAGGCGAUGAAUUUUAUAAAUAUUCUGGUCAUCGCAGUUACUGUUAUCGUUGUCGCGGUACCUGAAGGUCUUCCCUUGGCGGUCACACUUGCCUUGGCAUUCGCCACCAAGCGAAUGUCAAGACAAAAUUUGCUUGUCCGCGUUCUUGGCUCCUGCGAGACUAUGGCCAACGCGAGCGUCAAUGUUAUGACCGUCGUUGCGGGUGCUGUGGGUGUAAAUGGCAAGUUUGUCCGUGACCUCGAGCAGAACCAGACUCGCCAGAACGUGGAGAAGGAGCGUCAAGAGGAAGUGGAUAUUACCGAGAAGGAUCCAGGGGAGCGCAAACAUAAGAAUGACUUUGCUAUCGACAUCACCAAGGUCAACACCAUCUUGACUCCGCAAUUGCAGACCCUUUUCAAUGAGGCCAUUUGCAUUAAUUCUACGGCUUUCGAGGACGUAGACUCGGAGACCAACCUUCCUGUUUUCGUUGGGAGCAAAACCGAAUCAGCGUUAUUACGAUUUGCAAAGGAACUCGGGUGGGCCGACUACAAGCAGACUCGUGAUGGCGCCACGGUCGUUCAGAUGAUUCCCUUCAGCAGUGAACGAAAGGCGAUGGGUGUGGCUAUCAAGCUUGGUAACGGCAAAUAUCGCCUGUAUCUCAAGGGGGCUAGUGAGAUUCUUGCCAAGGAGUGCAAGAAGCACAUCAUCGUUCAUCAGUCUGCUUCCAGGGACAGAAAGGGUAUCGAGACGCACGACAUUGGUCCUCUGGAGAAAGAUAAUAUUUCUCGGACGAUCAUUUUCUAUGCAAAUCAGAUGCUCCGGACCAUGGCGCUUUGUUACAGGGACUUUGAUCAUUGGCCGCCUGCCGCAGAUUUGGAUGAGCAAAACGAGGCUCCUUGGAGAUACCUUGCGCAGGAAUUGACGUUGAUAGGGAUCGUGGGUAUCGAGGAUCCUUUGCGUCCUGGCGUGCGCGAGGCUGUGGCUCAAUGCCAGAAAGCUGGAGUCGCAGUCAAGAUAUGCACGGGUGAUAACGUUCUUACGGCUCGCUCUAUUGCGACUCAAUGUGGCGUCUACACUGCGGGCGGUAUUAUCAUGGAAGGUCCUGCGUUCCGUUCGCUGGGUAACGCUGAUCUAUUGCAGAUCAUUCCAAGGCUUCAGGUUCUUGCUAGGUCGUCUCCAGAAGACAAACGAAUUCUGGUCACGAAGCUGAAAGAACUUGGAGAAAUUGUUGGUGUCACAGGCGAUGGCUCCAACGACUCUCUCGCAUUGAAAGAAGCCCAUGUUGGUUUUUCCAUGGGCGUCGCUGGUACGGAGGUGGCGAAGGAGGCAUCGGACAUCAUUCUCAUGGAUGACAAUUUUGCCUCGAUUGUCACCGCCAUCACGUGGGGCCGCUGCGUCAAUGACUCCGUGAAGAAGUUCCUCCAGUUCCAGAUUUCGGUCAACAUCACUGCUGUCAUCGUCACUUUUGUCACCGCCGUCGCAUCUAAUAGCGAAACAUCCGCUCUCACGGCUGUUCAAUUGCUAUGGAUCAACAUCAUCAUGGAUACCUUUGCUGCUCUUGCUCUUGCCACCGAUCCAGCUCAUCCCGGCCUCCUUAACCGUCGCCCUGACCGCUUAACUGCGCCUCUGUUUAGCGUUGACAUGUACAAGCAAAUCUUUGGUCAGUCUGUUUACCAGAUCGUCGUCAUUCUUCUCUUCCACUUCGCCGGGAUGAAGAUCUUCAAGUACCAUGAUUUAUCCGAGUAUGAGCACAAUCAAAAGUCUCUCGAGAUUGGCACCCUCGUCUUCAAUGCCUUUGUCUUCUGCCAGAUUUUCAACUCGCUCAACAGUCGCCGGUUGGACAACAAGCUGAAUGUAUUCGAGAAGAUUCUCUCCAAUAAGUACUUUAUAUUUAUUACUUUAAUUGAGGUUGGUGUCCAAAUCAUGAUCGUUUUCGUCGGUGGCUCUGCGUUCCAAGUUAGGAAGCUAAGUGGACGCGAUUGGGGUAUUUCCCUUGCACUCGGUUUCGUUGCUCUUCCACUUGGCGCUCUCAUUCGUUGCAUCCCGAAUGGACCUAUCGAGAAGUUCUUCAAGUUUUGUAGGCUUAUCGAGGAUCCGGAACGACGCCCCGCAGCUGAUGACGCCGUGUUCGAACAAUGGAACAAUCCUGCGAUUAACCAAGUUCGAGAUAAUCUUGCCACCUUUGCGAAGAUACGGGGUGGUCGACUACGUGCAUCGUCGUUUGUUGGCAUGAGCAGGGCUCAAAAACUUCGGAAAGCUGGUAUUCAGCUUCCUUCGCUGCUCGCCAUGGUACCUACCCUUGUUGCCUCCACUGUCGGCGCCGGCUGGAUGCCUGCAAGAGUGGCGGAUCUUGCUGAUCCAGCUCAAGCCGAUCCUUCACGAUCCUCUACCGCACUCUUCAAUGGAGCUAUCCAAAUACAUCCCGACACACCCCGCGACGAUCCCCUUUGGGAAAAAUUCGGUACACCUUCACAGCAGCAGGUAUGAUUUUACUUCGCAUAUACUGCACAAGCCUAUGCCACGUCCUUUUUUUGUAUCAUUAUUUCCCCUUUCGAUACCAUGGCAUCGCUGCGUUCGCCUCCCUCUUGCAAUACCGCAAAGCACCGUUACCCUAAUGCUAUCACACGUUGGGUGGACACCGG